GCCAAUCAGAAGGGAUCUGUAAUCAUCUUGCAGGUCAGCUCAGUCUGGAAAGAAAAGACGGCGCUCAUCUUUAAAUAUUGACCCCAAAGAGCCUCUAAAUCUCAGGAUCCGGAUCCUGGAGGACUCUGAGACCGAGGUGCUCUCAAAUAACGUGUUUAAGAAGUGUCCGAUCUGGGACCUGCAGUGCCCUCAUGGUCUGGAGGAGGCGGCCUUUCUGGACCUGCUCAGGUCCACCUUCCCUCACCUCUCUGCAGGGAAACCUUUUGAUACCUUAAUAACAGAUAGAGGAAGGAAGCUGCAGCCUCUGAGAGUAAAGACUCUGACUCCAGAGGAGAUCUACAGAGCCAUCAAAUCCAUCGGGAACUCAACUCUCUACAUCCGCCUCAAGAAAGAAGAGGUAAAGACAAAGGAAGAGGGAGAACAUCUGGGUACUGACCCUCCAACAGCUGAACCUGUGAUAAUGAAGAAUGAGGAAACUGCGCUCCACUUAAGCAUGUCACAGCAAAGUGUACCAGACAGCAAAAAGAUCUUUAUGUUGAGCUCAACAUCCCAACAAGACCUCAAAACAGAAGAGGGUGAAAUUGAGAGUGACGUGCACUUCAGCAGUGAUGAAGAAGAGGGAUUGGCUGGAUAUAGGGAGUCGAACCCAGAUUAUGGACCACACAAACAAACAAGAGAAGAGAAAUCAAGCAGUAAUAAGAGUGAUUUUCAAGAAAGUACCAAAGGAGAACAUGCUUGCAACACAACCUCCAGUGGUGAGAACGACAAGGAUACAGACAAACCUGAGCGUAAGACACCGAAAAUGAGGAGAAAAAAAGAAGGAUGGAAGAACAGUAAGAAGAUUAGGUCUUGCACAGUUUGUGGGGUCACAUACAGAAAUUUGGGAAAUUUGCUUAAACAUACCUUGAACCAUCCCCUCAACCCCCAGAAUAUUUGUGGAGCCUGUGGAAAGGGCUUUGAUUCUGAGGACAACUUGAAAAAACAUAUCCGAAAGCAUAGAAAGUCUUACAACUGUCUGCAUUGUGACAAGUCUUUUUUCAGCAGAGAAAGCCUCAGGUGCCACAUUAUUAAGGUUACAGGAGAAAACUUGCUUGAAUGUAAUGUUUGCAGUAAAAGGUUUCCGAGCCAAAAACGGCUGAACCAGCACCGAUGGAUCCACCUAGAAAAUAAACCCUACAGGUGUGAUAUGUGUCCACAAUCUUUCGGUCUGGAGUCACGUCUCCGAGCUCACAGAAAGCGGCACAGCAGCAAAGUUGUUUUGUUCCACACAGGAGAGACUCCCUACAAAUGCAACGAGUGCAAACGCCGCUUUAAAUCCAAGAAUCAGCUUACCCAGCACAUGAAGACCCAUUCAGGCAUUAAAGAUUUCAUCUGUAGUAUUUGUGGCAAAGGUUCUUCUAAACCUGAACAUCUAAAAAUUCACAUGAGAACCCACACUGGAGAGAGACCCUACAAGUGCUCUCUUUGUGACAAAGCCUUCACCCAGAGCCACUGCCUGAAAAAACACAUGAAGACUCACCAGACUGAAGAGUCGCCUGCGAUCCCUCCCGCUACUGAAGAUGGUUCAUUUAGUCCGAAAUGA